AUGACCAGACCCCGAGGGUCCAGCCUGCUCCUACUCACCAUUCUGGUGGCCCUGGUGGCCAGCACAGACCCAGACAAGAAUAAGAUCGAGUGGAGGGAAUUAAAAACCAUCAGUGCCUCAAAUGCCAACGUGAAGCAGUGUCUGUGGUUUGCUGUGCGAGAAUACAACGAAGAGAGUGCAGACAAGUAUCUCUUCCAGGUGGUCAAGAUUGUGCAAGUCAAGAUGCAGGUCACAGACCGUUUGGAAUACCUUAUCGAUGUUGAACUUGCCCGCAGCAAUUGCAGAAAGCUUUCAAACAAUAAUGAAAACUGUAGUAUUCAAGAAAACUUCAAGCUGGAAAAGAAAGUAAGGUGUAGCUUUUUGGUCGGAGCACUCCCCUGGAAUGGCGAAUUCACUGUGAUGAAGAAGGAGUGUGCAGACGCCUAG